AUGACAGAGCGCUGGGUGUUUAAGCCUGAUAACCAGCCUCUGGGCUCCAGGGGUGAUGGGGUGUGUGUGUGUGUGUGUGUGUGUGUGUGUGUGUGUGUGUGUGUGUGUGUGUGUGUGUGUGUGUGUGUGUGUGUGUGUGUGUGUGUGUGUGGUGUGUGGUGUGUGUGCAUGUCUGUGUUUAAGCCUGAUAAACAGCCUCUGGGCUCCAGGGGUGAUGGUGUGUGCGUGUGUGCGUGUGUGUGUGUGUGUGUGUAUGUGGUAUGUGUGUGUGUGUGCCUGCUCAUGUAUUGUCUCUCUCCAACACAGCUAAUUGGUCGCCUGAUUACGGUGGGAUCAAUGAACGACCAGUUCUUCUUCCUUCUUAAUUAGGAUCCAGUGCAGGGGCUCUGUCUGUCUAUGGGUCUCUCUGCAGUACUGUCUCUAUCUAUUUCUCUAUGGAGGUAUCAGUGCUUUCUCUCUCUGUGCACUGAUAGUGUGGGGCCAAGCCUGAAGUUAAAUGGUGUGAUUGGGGUGGAUUAACUACAAAGAGUGAAUGGAAAGUGUUUUGGUUUUACAGCUAGAGAACAAUAUCAUUACAGUGGAGAUCACAGUGUGUAUUUGUUUCUGUGUGUGAUAAUAUCUAAAAACAUUAAGUACAUUCAUAUAUUCAGCAAAACCCUGCCCUCACGUCUGUGACUUCACUUUGUUCGCAAAUAUUCUCUAUCUCCAGAUGUCAACUGUUAAGCUAUACUUUAUAGAAAUAAAAUACGCUCAUACAGAUGUAAGAUCUUAAUUUGAUCACUCUUUUGUUGCUGAGAAUUUUCUUGUACCACAGGACAUGCAAACUUGUAGUGUAUUUGAGUUUUGAAAAGGUUUCUAAAGUUUGUAAUUUCCACUUUUAUAUUAUAAUCCACAUAAUAAUUCACAUUUCCUGUUGCUGUAGGAUUAUUUUCCUGCUGUAGCAAACUGGCUCAAAUUAAGAUCCUACAGUUGAAGUCGGAAGUUUACAUACACUUAGGUUGGAGUCAUUAAAACUCGUUUUUCAACCACUCCACAAAUUUCUUGUUAACAAACUAUAGUUUUGCAAGUUAGGAUAUGUACUUUGUGCAUGACACAAGUAAUUUUUCCAACAAUUGUUUACAGACAGAUUAUUUCACUUAUAAUUCACUGUAUCACAAUUCCAGUGGGUCAGAGGUUUACAUACACUAAGUUGACUGUGCCUUUAAACAGCUUGGAAAAUUCCAGAAAAUUAUGUCAUGGCUUUAGAAGCUUCUGAUAGGCUAAACUACAUAAUUUGAGUCAAUUGGAGGUGUACCUGUGGAUGUAUUUCAAGGCCUACCUUCAAACUCAGUGCCUCUUUGAUUGACAUCAUGGGAAAAUCAAAAGAAAUCAGCCAAGACCUCAGAAAAAGACCACGCAGCCGUCAUACCGCUCUGGAAGGAGUUCUGUCUUCCAGAGAUUAAUGUACUUUGGUGCGAAAAGUGCAAAUCAAUCCCAGAACAACAGCAAAGGACGUUGUGAAGAUGCUGGGGGAAACAUGUACAAAAGUAUCUAUAUCCACAGUAAAACAAGUCCUAUAUCGACUAUCCACAGUAAAACGAAUCCUAUAUCGACAUAACCUGAAAGGCUGUUCAGCAAGGAAGAAGCCACUGCUCCAAAACCGCCAUAAAAAAGCCAGACUACGGUUUGCAACUGCACAUGGGGACAAAGAUCUUACUUUUUUGAAAAAUGUCCUCUGGUCUGAUGAAACAAAAAUAGAACUGGUUGGCAAUACUGACCAUCGAUAUGUUUGGAGGAAAAAGGGCAUUGCUUGCAAGCUGAAGAACACCAUUCCAACCGUGAAGCAACACCUCAAGACAUCAGUCAGGAAGUUAAAGCUUGGUUGCAAAUGGGUCUUCCAAAUGGACAAUGACCCCAAGCGUACUUCCAAAGUUGUGGCAAAAUGGCUUAAGGACAACAAAAUCAAGAUAUUGGAGUGACCAUCACAAAGCCCUGACCUCAAUCCUAUAGAGAAUUUGUGGGCAGAACUGAAAAAGCGUGUGCGAGCAAGGAGGCCUACAAACCUGACUCAGUUACACCAGCUCUGUCAGGAGGAAUGGGCCAAAAUUCACCCAACUUAUUGUGGGAAGCUUGUGGAAGGCUACCCGAAACGUUUGACCCAAGUUAAACAAUUUAAAGGCAAUGCUACCAAAUACUAAUUGAGUGUAUGUAAACUUUGACCCACUGGGAAUGUGAUGAAAGAAAUAAAAGCUGAAAUAAAUCAUUCUCUCUACUAUUAUUCUGACAUUUCACAUUCUUAAAAUAAAGUGGUGAUCCUAACUGACCUAAGACAGGGAAUGUUUACUAGGAUUAAAUGUCAGGAAUUGUGAAAGACUGAGUUUAAAUGUAUUUGGCUAAGGUGUGUGUAAACUUCCGACUUCAACUGUACAUCUGUACACACCCACAGCGCAUGUACUCCGAUGACACAAUCCAUCUUCCUAAACAAAUAUUGAAACCCAUGAUGUGAGAGCGUGCGAGUGGGGUCCUCUCUCCCGUCUCAGCUUUGUGACCGAUUUAAAUGGAGUGUUAUAGCAGUGGGUUCUGGAUGCAUUUUGAAACAGGCACCACAGCACACAGCCAAGUGAACGCGUCGCAACGGCACUCUGCAUCGGGUGUUCUAUCUAGCUGUCGUUGCUUUUUCACCUGGAUCACUCAGACACACACGCACACACACACACACACACACACACACACACACACACACACACACACAGACACAGACACAGACACAGAGAACUCAGAAUAGCUGCCUUUCAUCACCUGACUCAGUGCAACAAGGUCAUUAAAGGGGUCACAUGGUCACUAAGCACCAAUCACUGUCAUCCCAAAAUGUCUGAUUCCAAGGGUUAGAAAAUCACCAAAUAUUUUCAGACUUUAAAUGGGAUUUUGUUGAGAUUUUUUUUCUCAAUAAUGCACAUUUUUUAAAGAACAAGGGCAUUCAUCUCCCAUGUCAGUGUGUAUGUUCAUAUUUCAUGCCAGUGUGUAUGUUAAUUUUACAUGUCAGUGUGUAUGUUAAUAUUACAUGCCAGUGUGUAUGUGAAUAUUGCUAUACAGGGUAACGGCUAGGUUACGACGGGACUGAGGAGUCUCCACCUCUUCAUCCUUCCCCAUUCUUCAUCCUUCCACAUUCUUCAUCCUUCCACAUUCUUCAUCCUUCCACAUUCUUCAUCCUUCCACAUUCUUCAUCCUUCCCCUCGUUUUCUCUCAUUACCGUUUUGUCUCCAUCUUCCGUCAUCAUUCUAUCCGUGUCCUUAGAUAGAAGAUGUUAAAGGGAUUCUAUCCGUGUCCUUAGAUGGAGGAUGUUAAAGGGAUUCUAUCUGUGUCCUUAGAUGGAGGAUGUUAAAGGGAUUCUCUACGUCUGAAUAUAUACGUUUGUCAGAUGUUUUUUAUUACCUCGAAAAAAGUGGUCUUUGAUUGUGCUAUUCUUUCUUAUUCAUUUGGGGUUGAAGCCUGUAGAUUUUGCUUAAAUUCCUAAGUCGGGAUCAACAUAACAGAUUGCAUUGAAUAUGGACUAAGCUUGAUUCAAUUUAAAGACCACUUUUGAGGUAUGGAAACAUCUAACAAAUGUUCAUUUUAGGGUGAACUAUUCCUUUAAUGAUGCUUAUACUAGAUCUCCGCUUGUAUUAAACCAUGUCAUUACUUUUGAUCAGAUACAAUAUCUGAUAUGCUUGUCACGUUGAAUGAUCGUCUCCAUUGCUGUUUUCACAGGUACCCACCAGCACAACUACAACCAUACGGUUCUAGGUAGCCCAACACGCAUUCAUAAUGGUAAGGACAGCUAACAGCACUUCAUCCAGACACAGGGUUAUGUUACAGUUUCCACUGUAGGAUAGGCUAUUACUUAGAAUUCACGCCCGGUACAUUACUUUAGUGUGGAUGUUGAAAACAGAGCCGCCCAGUUAUUUGUACAAAGACGAAUGUAACAAAAUCACUUCAUUCAAAACCGGGCCAUUCUAAUGAAAAAUGAAGCCCCGGUUUUGGGAAUUAACUUCGAAACACUCUUUGACAUGAAUAUACUGAAUAUACAUCAUAUCACCUACUAAAGGGAAAUACGAUUGGCUGGUCAUCAAGUUAAUGUCCUGUUAAGGUCAGGGCAUCCCGGCUAUAUGGUUCUACCACAGAACGCGUUCCUCCUCAGAUGAUUGACCCUGUCAUUAUGAGAUUAUAUUCUAACCUUCUGCUGUCGCUGAAGAAAUCAGCCCCAGUUUCAUUACAAACGGCAUUUAGGGAUUUUCUGCAGCCAAUUGACUCUAUUCAUUCACAAGAGCCGGGUUUAGGGGGGAUAGGGGCUGAUGGAGAGAUAUGAGGAAGCUGGUUUCAUAAAGACAAAGGGUGAGAAGAAGACAAAGAAGAAAGAAAAGGAGAGAUAAUCCACUGCCUUUGUGUUUGUUUAACAUUGGAUUGGCCUCUCUGGCUUGUAUUCUGAUGUUCAGUGUCGGCUCAACCCUGCGUGGAAGCCUCUCCCCUCCUGGGCUACCGCUGGGUUUUAAGGAGAUUCUGUAGUCGCAACACAUCUCCUCGUGUGUGACAAUUCAAUGUGUGUUCCAUUACACACUGCUAAAUCAGAGGAGUGAUCCAUGAAGAAAUCCCAAUGAAAUCUAUGGGAAACAUUAGAAAUCCAUUCCGACAACACAUCAAACACACACACUUCAAUCACAAGACACAUAAAAGGGAUUGGUAUACCAAUGUGCUGUGUUGCUUAGAUACACUACAACCUGUGAUAUCCUCCGUGUACAGUGCCUUGCAAAAGGAUUCAUCCCCCUUGGCGUUUUUCCUAUUUUUUUGCAUUACAACCUGUAAUUUAAAUGGAUUUUUAUUUGGAUUUCAUGUAAUGGACAUACACAAAAUAGUCCAAAUUGGUGAAGUGAAAUGAAAAAAAUAACUUGUUUCAAAAAUUUAUAAAAAAUAAAUAACGGAAAAGUGGUGCGUGCAUAUGUAUUCACCCCCUUUGCUAUGAAGCCCCUAAAUAAGAUCUGGUGCAACCAAUUACCUUCAUAAGUCAAAUAAUUAGUUAAAUAAAGUCCACCUGUGUGCAAUCUAAGUGUCACAUGAUCUGUCACAUGAUCUCAGUAUAUAUACACACCUGUUCUGAAAGGCCCCAGAGUCUGCAACACCACUAAGCAAGGGGCACCACCAAGCAAGCGGCACCAUGAAGACCAAGGAGUUCUCCAAACAGGUCAGGGACAAAGUUGUAGAGAAGUACAGAUCAGGGUUGGGUUAUAAAAACAUAUACAACAUUUUGAACAUCCCAUGGAGCACCAUAAAAUCCAUUAUUAAAAAGUGGAAAGAAUAUGGCACCACAACAAACCUGCCCAGAGAGGGCUGCCCACCAAAACUCAUGGACCAGGCAAGGAGGGCAUUAAUCAGAAAGGCAACAAAGAGACCAAAGAUAACCCUGAAGGAGCUGCAAAGCUCCACAGCGGAGAUUGGAGUAUCUGUCCAUAGGACCACUUUAAGCCGUACACUCCACAGAGCUGGGCUUUACGGAAGAGUGGCCAGAAAAAAGCCAUUGCUUAAAUAAAAAAAAGAAGCAAACAUGUUUGGUGUUCGCCAAAAGGCAUGUGGGAGACUCCCCAAACAUAUGGAAGAAGGUACUCUGGUCAGAUGAGACUAAAAUUGAGCUUUUUGGCCAUCAAGGAAAACGCUAUGUCUGGCGCAAACCCAACAUCUCUCAUCACCCCGAGAACACCAUCCCCACAGUGAAGCAUGUACCGCUUCUUAGACUUGCUUUCAAUGAGAAUGACGGAUCUAUAACGUUCAUUUCUAUGUGAAUUUUGUUGGGUCGCCCAAAAGGUUAAACAUUGCAGCUUUAAUAUUCAGUGCUGGCAGUGAACAUAUAAUUAUAUAUGUUUUUUUUAAAGAACAAACUGAAAGCCACGCCCCCAAUAGGCCACACCUCCAACUCUUCUUAUUGGCUGCCGCCGCCUCAUUGUACCCAACCGCUAUGCAAUGCAAAUGCAUAUUAGGUGUUGAAAGCAAUUUAGAAGCUUUCGUUCAAUAAAAAAAAAUCACAUUGAUCUGUCAAAUUCGUUACUUGAUUUCAGACAAAGAGGGGAUGGAGACAUAUUCAUUCAUAAGGUGCAUUUUUACUCUAUCUGAAGGCACAUUAGAUCAUUUGUCUGUUCCAAAUACAUAAAAGUGAUAUGCAUCAUUGGUUUAUUACAGAGCUAUUUUCUGGACUUAUGGUAAUGAAUGAGGUGUGUGUUGGCUGGGUGUGUGUUGGUGGGGUUUGUGUUGGCUGGGUUUGGUCUGAAUGCUGUUUCACACCAUCAACAUGAUUCUGAACUGUCUGUUUUUCACUUGGGUGGGGUAGCUCACCGAUCAUUGAGACGUGGUAAGUCACGCACGCACACACGCACACACACACACACACACACACACACACACACACACACACACACACACACACACACACACACACACACACACACACACACACACACACACGCACACAGUCACUUAUACACACACACUUAUUCACACAUAAAUCAACAUAAUUGCACUCACAUUCAAACACACCCUUCUAUUCACCCCACCUCACACUCACCCACCGUUCAGCCUUUGUACCUUCCCCAGUCCACAUAGUGUGUGGUGUGGUCGUAAUGUGCCUGGUGAUUUAGCAGUGUGUUUCUGGUUAUGGAGGUAGCUAACAGCAUGUCACAUUGUGAGUCUAUUUUCCCUGUGUUGAGAAAGUAUGGAAAGAGUGUUGCCCUCCCAAAACUCCUCCAAAAUUCCUCCCAAAACUCCUCCAAAACUCCUCCCAAAACUCCCCCAAACCGCCUAAAAAACUCGAAAAAACCCGCCCAAAACUCCCCAAAAAGCUCCAAAAUCGGCCAGCCAAAGCUCCCUACAAAUCGCGACAGGCGGCGAGAGGAGCUCGAGCAGCGAGCGAGGAGAGCAGCAGGGCAGCGCGCCGAGAGAGGGACGACUGGAGAGUAGCGCUACGAGCUAGCGCGCAGCCGGAGAGGAGAGCGCGGAGCGCGAGACGCCGCGCGACGCCGAGCGCGAUCAGAGCAGAGCAGAGCGACGGAGAGGACAGAGCAGCCUCUAAGGACACACGUCUCAGCUGCACUAGAGCCCCUAAAGAAUCUCGCUCAGAAUGCAAAGAAAAUACGAAGAGACCUCAAUAUAGAGACGCAGCGCGUCUCGCAGCCACGACUAUCUAUUAUCCCUCCAAUCAGACUUCCUCUUAAGUCUACAUCGCCUGCCCUCUCAGAUUCUCUUCUCUCCCAUCUCUUACUCUCUUUCUCUCUCCCCUCAAUCCGCAUUCCUUAUCUCAUCUCAUUCUCUCACUCCUCCUCUCUCUCUCUUCUCUAUCCUUCCCUCCAAUCCGCCUUCCCUCUUCAUCUUCUCAUUCUCUCUCCCUCUGCUCUUUUUUUCUCCUCCCUCACUUUAUCUGGCCGCUGCUCUGCAUGACAGACUCACAGCCCACAGGAGAGAGAGAGACACAGAGAGAGAGAGAGGUCCCAGUUUGCCCAUCUCUCUCUGGCAUGACAUCGCAUCAGUCAGACAAGCGUGUAGCUGCCCUGUCCUAUCCCUCUCCCCAUCCAACUCCCCACCCCUCCUCAAAUGACAGCGCACAAACUGUCGCAGUCAGGGUCACUGUGAAGCAGACAUCUGUUGUUUGGUCUGGUGUUGUUUCGGGGGCCAUUGUCACCUGCCCUGUCACAUCAUUUUAUCUACUGUACCAGACAGUGCCAAACGCUCCCAGAGUGCCUGAUGUCCACCUCUUAACCCAUGUCCCUUAGCCCCCUCUCCUUCUUUCACCUCACCAUCCACCUCCCAGACUCUACCAAACGCUCUCUAAACAAGUUCCACCUACCCUCACUCCCGUCCCUCCCUCCUCCCUUCCUCAGCAGGCGUGCUCUGCCAUCGUUGCCUUUGAUCUGACGGCGUAUAUUUUUAGGAAAAUUUUUUCCCUCUUUGUUUUGCUGUCUCCCCAGAGAACACUAGGAUGAGUGGCAUCCUGACCUCACAGACGGAGCCGUAUGACCUGUCCUCCUCACGCUCAUUCCAGAGCCUGUCCCACCUGCCACCCACCUACGAGGCCGCUGUCAAGGCCGACCUCAACAGAUACUCCUCCCUGAAGAGACUGAGUAGGUCCCCACCACAGCACAAAUCACCAUUAGCAGUAACGCUGACGGGGCUUCCACUAUCUCUGUUAAAUGUACUGCAUGUUAAAAAUUCUACUGCAUAAAUUACAGCCUACUCUGGCAUGUUAAAAACAUUCUACUGCAUAAAUUACAGCCUACUCUGGCAUGUUAGAACAUUUGCAUUCGUUACUCGGCUCGUUACUCGACUGGCAAACGUUUAUGAGGGAUUAUACCAUACGCCCCCAAAGAUGCAAUGAAAGGACACUUUCUCCUGAAAGGGUCAUAAUAUUCAUUAGAAGCGCACCGGCGUUCACUACCUUUCCAGAAAAGCCCUGGCUCUUGAAGGCAUAAACAGAGUGUCUGAAUGAGAUGGCACAGAAAAUAUUUUUUUUUUUACAUGUCAUCCAUUCUCCUCCACAACUUCCGACAUGUCACUGCUUCUUGAAAACCCUAUACACCACACGCUCACCCUCUCCCCUUAAAGACCUCUCUAGAGAGAAGCAUUACUAGCAGCAGCCACCAUUUCUCUGUGAGCGUUUAACCUCAUUAAGCUAUGAGCAGUUCUAUUGAUUCAGUGUACUCCGCUGGCUUCUGCAUUCGAAUGAGGUCUCAUGUCAUCAUAUUCUAGAAGUGGAAUGCAAACAUUCCUUAAGGCUUGUGUAAUUGCAUCUGGCUGUUCUAUACUUCACUGUUGGCAUGGGAACAAAAGGAGGGAUCUGAAUCUAUGGUACAGGCUACAACUCAAAGUCCCUGCUUCUGAAAAUUCUGUAGGGGAUUUGUAUUCAGUCAACAUACAGUGCGCACACACACGCACGCACGCACGCACGCACACACACAUACACACACACACACACACACACACACACACACACACACACACACACACACUCAAAGACCUAUUCAAUCAAAAACACCUACCGAGCAUCACAUAGUGUUUUCCUAAAUGUUUAACAAAGUAAAGGAUCUGAAUCUACAACUGAUCCCAUCAGCUAUCUCUAGAGUGGGUCAACAUCGUUAUACUGAUCCCAUCAGCCAUCUCUAGAGUGGGUCAACAUCGUUAUACUGAUCCCAUCAGCUAUCUCUAGAGUGGGUCAACAUCGUUAUACUGAUCCCAUCAGCUAUCUCUAGAGUGGGUCAACAUCGUUAUACUGAUCCCAUCAGCCAUCUCUAGAGUGGGUCAACAUCGUUAUACUGAUCCCAUCAGCUAUCUCUAGAGUGGGUCAACAUCGUUAUACUGAUUCCAUCAGCUAUCUCUAGAGUGGGUGAACAUCGUUAUACUGAUCCUGUCUCAGGUGUCUGUUGUUAUUGUCUACUUGUGAUCCACAUAUCUGGAAGGGUGUAAUCAGCAAAACAAUGUUCUACAGUCUGAAUCUAAUAGAAGUUGGACUGCAUAUUGCUUGGAAAAUGUCAGUGCUUGGGAAAUGUUAGUUAUUGGGAAAAUGUCUUAAUGUGUGUUGGCAUGGUGAAUGUUGUUGUUGCUGUUAUCCUGUGAAGCUGUUUUUUUUAAAAGUAUUUUAAUACACAUUUUUUGUUGAUUUCAAUUUAUCAUGGAAUGCUGCAGCACACUCAGCACCCCUACUUCUCGCGGCUAUGGUCGAAAGCCCACAAUCCAGUCCAGUCAAAGCCGUAGAAUAAUCUCUGCCGCUAUGUUGAAACUUAAAACUGUCCUCAGGCGAUGCCAGCCGGUCUACAGUAGCCGUCUUUAUCUGCUUCCAAAGCAGAAGGCGCCAUGCAGUUCUCUUCGUUAGUCAGAUAGUGUCUUUCUACUGAAAUAUCAUGUAGGAUAAAGCCCGAGGCUUAGUGGAAAAAUGAAAAAAAUGAAAAUCUCAGCGUCUACUUAUGAAUGUAAAUUGAUGUAUACAUUGAAAGUACAGCACAGUACGUAUAUUUAACCUAUUCAUUAUUAUUCUCAUGCCAAUUAAAAAAAAAAAAACAUACACGUGUCUUUUCAUUAUUCAUCAGGUAAUAUACCUUAGGUAAUUCCCUUUGAGUACAGGAAGUGAUCAGCCUGAGAUGUUUCAGAAGCUUCGUGACCCCUACUGUAACUGACACGGCUUGGUGUUUUCUUUCUGGGUUCUGUGUAAGGCGGACACAUCUUUUGUUAUUCAUCUGAUGAAUGCUAUUAACGUUCACCUCCGUCUCACUUUAGCAGUAAAACAGUCAAAGACAACGUGAGAAAAGAAUAGAGACUCCAAGGACGUCAACUGUCCAGUGACGUCUCUCAUUAUGUCUUUAUGGGGGGGUGAACUUCAAAAGAUUUUUUAUUUUUGAAACGAUUUAUUCCGCAGCUUUACUUAGUCAUUCUUGACAGAUUGUCUGUGUGUGGGUUUAGCGCACGUGCUUGUGUGUGUGUGUGUUUGUGAAUAUGUCGAAUCUCUAUGUAUGACUAAUGAUUGAUGCAUGGUUCCCCGUGAGUCUUCUGUAUAAUACAUACAGGGUGUGAUAUCACACAUCCUUCCAAGACAAUCUGGAGGCAUGCACAUACACUAUCUAUACAAAAGUAUGUGGACACCCCUUCAAAUUAGUGGAUUCGGCUAUUUCAGCCCCACCCGUUGCUGACAGGUGUAUAACAUCGAACACACAGCCAUGCAAUCUCCAUAGACAAACAUUGGCAGUAGAAUGGCCUUACUGAAGAGCUCAGUGACUUUCAACGUGGCACCGUCAUAGGAUGCCACCUUUCCAACAAGUCAGUUCGUCAAAUUUCUGCCCUGCUAGAGCUGCCCCCGGUCAACUGUAAGUUCUGUUAUUGUGAAGUGAAAACGUCUAGGAGCAAAAACAGCUCAGCCGCAAAGUGGUAGGCCACCGAGUGCUGAGGUGCGUAGCGCGUAAAAAUCGUCUGUCCUCGGUUGCAGCACUCACUACCGAGUUCCAAACUUCCUCGGGAAGCAACGUGCGCAAUGCCAAGCGUCGACUGGAGUGGUGUAAACUCGCCACCAUUGAACUCUGGAGCAGUGGAAACGCGUUCUAUUACAAUGACAUUCUAGACGAUUUUGUGCUUCCAACUUUGUGGCAAUUGUUUGGGGAAGGCCCUUUCCUGUUUCAACAUCAUAAUGCCCCCUUGCACAAAGCGAGGUCCAUACAGAAAUGGUUUGUCGAGGUCAGUGUGGAAGAACUUGACUGGCCUGCACAGAGCCCUGACCUCAACUCCAUCGAACACCUUUGGGAUGAAUUGAAACGCUGACUGCGAGCCAGGCCUAAUCACCCAACAUCAGUGCCAGACCUCACUAAUGCUCUUGUGGCUGAAUGGAAGUUAGUCCCCGCAGCAAUGUUCCAACAUCUAGUGGAAAGCCUUCCCAGAAGAAUAGAGGCUGUUAUUGCAUCAAAGAGGGGGACUAACUCCACAUUAAUGCCCAUGAUUUUGGAAUGAGAUGUUCAACGAGCAGGUGUCCACAUACUUUUCGUUUAUCUCCUGAGCUGUUCUUGUACACAGCCCCUAUCCAUGUGCUGUUUGAUAAUACAUGAACAUGCAGAAUUUUCAUCUGAAGGACCCUUUGCAAUCAUUUAAAAUCUAUUUCACAUGAAUGUCAUCCUUCGACAUUUCGAUGGUCUUUGUGUAUGACGUUUCUGUGUUGUGCAUGCAGUAUGACACUGUUUGUUUACAGACUUUUACACAACCUUUGGAAAGUUCAUGCCCACAGCCAGAAACGCUGGUAGAAUCACAGAUGGGGCAUCACAUUUAAUAUCCUCAGACUCUGAAGAACCUUCAGACCCUCAAUUCUUUCAACCUUUAUUUUUCAUUUUUCUCUCUUUCCCUCCUACUCUCUCCCUUCCCCUUUCUCUCUCCUAAUCCACCUGUUCUCUUUCUUUCUGUCUCUCCACAGCGGAUAAAGACGUCGACGACUACUACACCUGCAAGCGUCACCUCCCUGACCUUGCAGCCAGAAGCACCCUGCCUUUACACGUCAUUAAAAUGAGCCAGGAACAGGUACUGCAGCUACACUGUAAAACAUUCCUGUAAAAUGUACAGUAACUUGCUGGCAGCAAGUUACUGUAAUUUAUUUUACAGUACAGCUACUGUAAUACUUUUUUAUUGUUAAGCCAUGUUACAGUACCAAAAAAUGUUACCAUAAUCUAAAUUACAGUAUUUUACUGGAAUUACCCACGCAUCGGCAUAUUACCCAGUAUUCUUUGCAAGUUUUCAUUUGUACAUUUUGGUCAUUUAGCGGGCGGUCUUUUCCUUAGUAACUUACAGUCAGUGCAUUCAACCAAGAUUGAUAAAAAAAAACAUCACAGUCAUAGCAAGUAAAAAAGUUUAUGUAACAGUUACAGAAAAUGCUAUUAUAUUUAGGGAUACAUUGGUCUUCAAAAUAAUUGUAAUUACAACAAGAAAUCUUAUGAUAUAUCUCUGACUUUCUGGAUAGUCAAAUCAAAUCGAAUCAAAUUUGAUUUGCCACAUGUGCCGAAUACAACAGGUGUAGACCUUACAGUGAAAUGCUUACUUACAAGCCCUUAACCAACAAUGCAGUUUUUUAAGAAAAAAAAAAAAAAAGUGUUAAGUAAAAAAUAGAAAAUAGCAAAUAAUUAAAGAGCAGCAGUAAAAUAAAAUAACAGUAGGGAGGCUAUAUAUAUACAGGGUGUACCGGUACAGAGUCAAUGUGCGGGGGCACCGGCUAGUCGAGGUAAUUGAGGUAAUAUGUAGAUGUGGGUAGAGUUAAAGUGACUAUGCAUAAAUAAUAAACAGCAGCGUAAAAGAGGGGUUGGGGUGGGAUGGGUGGGGCAAUGCCAAUAGUCCGGGUAGCCAUGAUUAGCUGUUCAGGAGUCUUAUGGCUUGGGGGUAGACGCUGUUAAGAAGCCUUUUGGACCUAGACUUGGUGCUCCGGUACUGCUUGCCGUGAGGUAGCAGAGAGAACAGUCUAUGACUAGGGUGGCUGGAGUCUUUGACAAUUUUUAGGGCCUUCCUCUGAAACCGCCUGGUAUAGAGGUUCUGGAUGGCAGGAAGCUUGGACCCAGUGAUGUACUGGGCCGUAUGCACUACCCUCUGUAGUGCUUUGUGGUCGGAGGCCAAUCAGUUGCCAUACCAGGCGGUGAUGCAACCAGUCAGGAUGCUCUCGAUGGUGCAGCUGUAUAACUUUUUGAGGAUCUGAGGACCCAUGACAAAUCUUUUCAGUCUCCUGAGGGGGAAUAGGCCUUGUCGUGCCCUCUUCACAACUGUCUUGGUGUGUUUGGACCAUGAUAGUUUGUUGAUGAUGUGGACACCAAGGAACUUGAAGCUCUCAACCUGUUCCACUACAGCCCCGUCGAUGAGAAUGGGGGCGUGCUCAGUCAUCUUUUUUUUGUUGUUGUUCACAAUCAUCUCCUUUGUCUUGAUCACGUUGAGGGAGAGGUUGUUUCCUGGCACCACACGGCCAGGUCUCUGACCUCCUACCGAUAGGCUGUCUCAUCAUUGUCGGUGAUCAGGUCUACCACUGUUGUGUCGUCUGCAAACGUAAUGAUGAUGUUGGAGUCGUUGCAGUCAUGAGUGAACAGGGAGUACAGGAGGGGACUGAGCCCGCACCCCUGAGGGGCGGCCCGUCAGGAAGUCCAGGAUCCAGUUGCAGAGGGAGGUGUUUAGUCCCAGGGUCCUUAGCUUAGUGAUGAGCUUUGAGGGCACUAUAAUGUUGAACGCUGAGCUGUAGUCAAUGAGUAGCAUUCUCACGUAGGUGUUCCUCUUGUCCAGGUGGGAAAGGGCAGUGUGGAGUGCAAUAGAGAUUGCAUCAUCUGUGGAUCUGUUGGGGCGGUAUGCAAAUUGGAGUGGGUCUAGGGUUUUUGGGAUAAUGGUGUUGAUGUGAGCGUUGACCAACCUUUCAAAGCACUUGAGUGCUACGGGUCGGUAGUCAUUUAGGUAGGUUAUCUUAGUGUUCUUGGCCACAGGGACUAUGGUGGUCUGCUUGAAACAUGUUGGUAUUACAGACUCAGACAGGGAGAGGUUGAAAAUGUCAGUGAAGACACUUGCCAGUUGGUCAGCGCAUGCUCAGAGUACACUUCCUGGUAAUCUGAAUGUUGACCUGCUUAAAAGUCUUACAUCGGCUACGGAGAGAGUGAUCACAUAGUCAUCUGGAACAGCUGAUGCUCUCAUGCAUGCUUCAGUGUUGCUUGCCUCGAAGCAAGCAUAGAAGUGAUUUAGCUCGUCUGGUAGGCUUGUGUCACUGGGCAGCUCGCGGCUGUGCUUCCCUUUGUCGUCUGUAAUAGUUUUCAAGUCCUGUCACAUCCGACGAGCGUCAGAGCCGGUAUAGUAUGAUUCAGUCUUAGUCCUGUAUUGACUCUUUGCCUGUUUGAUGGUUCAUUGGAGGGCAAAGCAGGAUUUCUUAUAAGCUCCUUGAAAGCGGCAGCUCUUCCCUUUAGCUCAGUGCGGAUGUUGCCUGUAAUCCAUUGCUUCUGGUUGGGGUAUGUACGUACGGUCACUGUGGGGACGACGUCAUCAAUGCACUUAUUGAUGAAGCCAGUGACUGAUGUGGUGUACUCCUCAAUGCUAUCUGAAGAAUCCCGGAACAUAUUCCAGUCUGUGCUAGCAAAACAGUCAUGUAGCUUAGCAUCUGCGUCAUCUGACCACUUCCUUAUUAACCGAGUCACUGGUGCUUCCUGCUUUAGUUUUUGCUUGUAAGCAGGAAUCAGGAUGAUAGAGUUAUGGUCAGAUUUGCCAAAUGGAGGGCAAGGGAGAGCUUUGUACACGUCUCUGUGUGUGGAGUAAAGGUGGUCUAGAUUUUUUUUCCCUCUGGUUGCACAUUUAACAUGCUGGUAGAAAUGAGGUAGAAAGGAUUUAAGUUUCCCUGCAUUAAAGUCAAUACAAUACUGAGAUAUUCACAUUAACUUGAUGCAGCAUAUUAAUGACUACUAGUUGUUUUAUAUCACUUGCACUUUUAGAGGCCUAAACAAAGCCUUCCAAACUGGCCAUGAUUACAAGGCAGAACAGAUGAACUGGACAUGGGUAAAUAUUCAACCAUUAAAAGGGUAAAGACCCACUACCACUUUGAUCUGUUCCCUAUAUAUUGUACAUUUACAUUUAGCAGACGCUCUUAUCCAGAGCGACUUACACUUAGUGAGUGCAUACCUUUUUCAUACUGGCCCCCCACGGGAAAAGAACCCACAACCCUGGCGUUGCAAGCGCUAUGCUCUACCAACUGAGCUACAGGGGACUACGUAACAUAUGUCAUAUGUCAUUGUUAGGGAACUACCACCAUAUAUCACUUAAAUUGGUACAGCAUGCUCACUAAUGGGUACAAUAAAUAUAGCCACUUACAAUUGACACCUUAAAAUAUGUUAAUGAGACAGCGAUUCUUUCUCCCCCCACAAUAUUUCUCCACAAUGCACCAGAAUUUACAGUAUGUUGAAGUAAAUAUAUAGAAAAACAGCAAUACAGUACUUUAUUGUUGAAUUGGAUUUAAAAUAAAAUCAGCAAUUGCUAAAAGUGAAUAUUUCAUUAUAUAUUACACUAUACCAACUGAUAUUUGGUGUUUUAUAUCACUUUAGGUCUUAACAAAGACCUUAACAAGAACUUCUACAGUGAUCAAAAGGACAUGACUAGUCACUCAACCAUUACAGGGUUGAGAUUUGCUGCCACUCUGAUCCCCAUAUAAAUGUAAUUGUUAGAGGACCACUACCACAUAUCACUUAAAUUGGUACAGCACUCUAACUAACGGUUGUAACAAAUAUAGCCUCUUGCAAGACACGCCUCAAAAUAUGUUAAUUAGUGAGAAACAACAAUACCAUGCACCCACUAGUGUUCAAAAGGUUUUUGGCGCGCCACAAAUGUGGUAUGGUACUGUAAAUAACUGGCAGCAAUUGGCCACUAAGUUACUGUAGAGUUUCACGACAAGGGUUGUAGAAUUCAUAAACUACAGUAUAUUACCGUAUUCUGUGGGGGUACAGCAUUCUCACUUAUGGGUGCAACAAAUAGAGCCUCUUACAAGGCACGCCUUAAAAUAUGUUAAUGAGCAAGAGACUCUUUCCCCGCUCACAACAUUUUCCCACAAUGCACCAUAAUUAAUACUGUAAAACAGAUUUAAGAUAUUUUACAGUGCAUUCUACAGUGUUUUACUGUUAAAAUUACAGAAAGGUCUUACAGUGUGCUGUAAAACAAAUGUAUAGUAUUUUACUGUACAUUCUACAGUAAUCUACUGUAUUCAGUUCAUACAGUAUCAUACUGUUGAUUAAUACAAUAAGUUACUGAUAAAAAUACAAAAACAGCUAAUAGUGUACUUAUUUAUAUAAAGCUGCAGUUUAUUUAUGCAGUGGUGCUGUUUAGUUAAUGCAGUUGCAAAAGUCCCAAGAUAUUGAAUACAUCAACAGUUGACUAUCUUCACCCAUUCCUCCAGCAGCAGCAGCAGCAGCAGCUCCAGAGCCAGCCCCCCCAGCCCCAGGUGUCCCAGGCCCCACCCCAGCAGCCCCAGUCUCAGCAGGCCCCCAGAAGACAGAGGCCUCCCCGUGUCCAGAGGGCCAUGUCUCAGGACCGGGUCCUGUCCCCAAACAGAGAUCCAGACCAUCGGAUGGGAAUGACCCGGCAAGGAGGACGUAUCCUGUCUGAUGAGCAGCUACUGUCUGCCGACCGCUUGAUGUCCCAGGAACGCUUGAUGUCCCAGGACAGGCUGUACUCCAAGGACCGCAUGCACUCCAAGGACAGGCUGUUACAAUCGCAAGACCACAUGUACCCGAAAGACCGCCAUUUCUCCCAAGACCGCCUGUUCUCCCAAGACCGCCUGUACUCCCAGGAUCCUCUGAUCUCGCCGGACAAAAUGAUGAUGUCGCUGAAGCGCGUGUCCGGCGGAUUCCGAGGCAACAACGACAAGUCGAUGUCGCACGCCAUCUCGCACCCGGACGUGUUCAUGCCCACGACGCCGCUCAUGGACCACUACAAGAUGACAAAAAUGCACUCCCACCCCAGUGCCUCGAACAACGCAGGGGCGGCGGGCGGAGCUGGAGCAGGGGGGCACUCCAGCACGUUAGCCAUGAACCACACAACUAAUAAGAGACAGCAGUUUGCCUCCAGAAGGACCCAUACUGUGGAGCAGCUCCACUACAUGCCCCAGCAGCACUACCGCACAGGCAGCAAGACCGAAGUGACUGUUUAA